AUGGAUAAAUCAACUACAAAAGAAACAAUGGCUUUAACUUUAAAAAACUUAAGAAAAAGUAAAUGGGGUUCAUUAUCCAAAAAAAAAAUAGAAGGUAAAUCAUGCUAUUCUCCUAGAAUAGAAAAAAUGAUUGAAGUAAUAUCCCCAAUUUUAGAUUAUUAUGGAUAUAAUAAAGAAGAUGUAUACAAUUUUAUUAGUUUAUACAAAUUCGAUAUCGAAAAAAUUCAAUUAGAAUUAGGUAAUAUUGUGGAAUCUAAGGAGGGUAAUGAAGAAGGCUUAUGGGAAACAGUGAAAACCCGAAAAAGCAAAAAAACACCCGCAAAAAAUGGGAAAAACAGUCUUUCACAAAAUAAUACAAUUGGAGGAAAAAGUAGCAAAAUUGAUAAAUUAUUUUCAAAAGGUUUUAAUUUAAAAGAUAAAGAUUUAAGAAAAAAUAAUAAAUCUGGAAUGGGCAUUGCGAAUACCGGUGCCGAUGUUGGAAAUUACAAUAAAUAUAAUAAAAAUGAUAAUAAAGCCACAUAUAUUGUAAAUUAUGGCUCAAAAAAUGAAGAUACUUCACUAUUAAAUAAUGGUAAUAAACAACCUUAUGAUGAUAAUAUGACAAAAAAAAAUCUUAAACAAUCAUCACAUGUUAUAAUAAAUGGUGACAAUUUUUUACAUGGUAAAGAAGUUACAAACAAAAAGGGAGACCCUCUAGCCAAUAAUAAUGGCAUCAAUAAUGCACAAAAUUUUGAUAAAAAAAGACUAUCAGCAUUCGACGAAGGAGAUAAAUCUAAAUAUAAUGAUAAAUUAGUAGGUAUAAAAAAUAGUAAAAACAAGACAGUUAAUAUACCAUCAACAGGUAUUACUAAUAUUAAUGUGUCUGGAUCAACAACAGUAUCGAAUUUUAGUAGAUAUAGUAAUUUUAAUUAUAAUGAUAAAUAUUUUAAUAAAAAUUACAAUAGAUAUAAUAAACCAUUAAACGAUUCAUAUUAUGGACGGAAUAAUGGUAAUAAGACAAGAUAUUCUACAUUUAGCAAUAAUAACAGUAAUACCAAUAUAAAUAACAAUAAGCAAGGCUUAUAUAAUUCUGGUAAUAAUAAUAUGAAUACCCACGAUGUUAAAGGAACCCAACAAAAAAGUAAUUUGAACAAAUAUACUAAUAAAACACAAAAUAAAAGUAAUAACUUAGAUGGUUUGGGUUGUGAUCCUUCUACGGAUCAACGGCCAAAUGGUGACUCACCAAAUAAUAAACCUUCCAAUAGUGAUGAAAAUAAUAAUGAUAAACAAAAAAAAAAAAAUAUAGAUGGAAAAGCCCAAAAUGAAAAGAGUAAUACAAAAGGUAUGUCUUAUGCUUCUAUAGUUAAUAAAAAACUUAAAGAAGCCUUUUCAGGCGUUAUAAAAAAAAUCGAAGGAGUAAAACCCGCAUCAAAUGAUCAAGCUAUAAAUAAAACGGAAGAUGAGAGUGGUAAAAAAGAAAAAAAAAAUAAUAAAAAUCAGUCAACAAAUUCUAAUAAGAAUUCCAUCAACAAUAAUAGCAACAAUGAUAAAUUAUGGGUAUCCAUUAUUACAAAAGGUAGUAAAAAUGGAAAUACUCACGAUAAUAAUGCAGAAAAUGCAGAUGAUAAUGCUACAAAAAAUGAUGAUACUAAUUCAAAAGACUUAAAAAAAGAUGCAAAUAAAAAAGGUGCUCAAAAUAAUAAACUUGCAAAGCAAAAAAAAAAAGAAAAUGCGCAAGGAAAAGAUCAAAUUACAUCUAGUGAAAAUAUCUCCAAAAAUAAAGAAGAAACAUUAGAAGAGGGAAAUAAAAAAGGUCAAUUAAAUGAACACGCAAUUGAUACAAAUAAGAAAAAGAAUGCCCAAGAAUGCAUUCCAAGUAAUGAAAAUAAUAAUGUUUCAGUAAAAUCAAAAAAUAUUAAAGAAUUAUCUAGUGACGUUAAAAAAGGAAAAAGUAAAAUAAAUCAAUCUGGUGCUAACACCAUCGAAAAUAAUAAUUCAAAAUUUACAAUUUCUUCACACAUGGAUAAAUUACAUGGUCACCAAUUCUCGGUGUCAGAUGAUUACAACAAUAUGAAAGAUAAAAACAACGUUCCAAUAUUUAUGCCCGGUUUAUCUCUAAUGGGAAAUAAUGUAAAUAAAAAUAUAUUUUUUGGUAAUAUUAACAUUACUGGAGAUCAAAUAGAAAAUUUCCAUGCCCCCGAUAGUGAUAACGAGCUAAUGAAAAAUGAUAAUAACAACAAUAACAGAAUGAUAAAUUCUGAAAAUAGAAAAAAAAAUAAUUUAAGAAAAAAUUAUGAUGUAGAUACAUCUCAAAUUGAUAUAAAUGGCGAAAUAGCUAACAGUGAUAAUAAUAGUGGAAGAUCCUUAUUGCAUAUGAAGGAUACUGAAAAUAGAAACUAUGAAAAUAAUCAUAGAAUUCAUAACGGUGCUGAAAAUAAUAGCAAUAUUGACAUAAGAAACCAAAAAGAGAGGGAAAUGAAACAUUUGUACUUUAAAAAUAAAAACCAAAAGAGAGAAGAUCUUAAUAGUGAUAACAAUAAAAUAUUAAGUGAUGAUAAACAAAAAAGAAUGUUCCAUGCCCAAAGUAAUAAACAUGCACAAGUUAGUGGAAAAUCUCAACAUCUAUACAUACCUAAAAUAUCUGGAGCAAUAGGAGGAACAUCCACUAAUGAUAUAUCAAUUGGUAGCCACCAUCAAAUUCAUAGUUCAUUAAACAAUAAUUCUAAUAAUAGUAAUCAAAAUAAUGCAAAAUAUUUGAUUAAUAAUUCUUCAUCAGUAUAUAUGAACCAAUCAUUACAACACCAUUCUGGUCAUGAAAAUAAUAACUCUUCAUCAUCUCUUAUUAAUGGAAAGCAUAAUAAUUAUUCACAUAAUGUAAUGAAAAACAAAAGUUAUGACCCUGAUAAUGAAGAUGCAAAUACUUUGCAACUAAAUCAAAUAUCUCAGAAAUUUUUACAAAAUCAACAUAAUUCAGGAAACAAUAAACUAUCAACAGAUAGCAACAAUAAUGGUGAUGAAAGCAAUAAUAGUAACGCCAACAAUGCCAAUGGUAAUAUAAAUAUUGGCGUAAAUUCAAGCAAUGGAUUAACAAAUAAUAUGUCGAAUAAAAAUACAAAUGCAGAUGCUAAUAAUAUGAAUUUAAUGAACUUAGGAAUGAAUAAUUUAAGUAAUAAUAACAUGUAUAAUUCAUAUAAUUCUCCUCCAGGUUUAGCUAACCAAUUUAAUUAUUCAUUUACAAAUUUAUCAUAUCCAUAUAAUAACAUGCACUAUAAUGGAUAUACUACACAAACAUUAGUUCCUCAAUAUGGUUUAAUAAACAAUCACUAUAAUAAAAAUAAUAGUAUUCAUAAUAACAAUUUUAAUUAUAAUAUGAAUUAUGAUAAUUUUGAUGAAACUAAUUUAUAUGCUCAUAAUAAUAAUAUGCAUAUGAAUAAUUAUGUAAAUUUUGUGAAUUCUAAUAUAAAAAAGAACCAAUUAAAUACAGAUGACGAUACAUUAAGUAACUCUGGUGAUGUAUCUAUAACAGGUGCAUUACAACCUCACAAUUUAUCUCAUGAUAAUCAGAAUAAUAAUUCUAAUCACAAUGGAACAAAUAUGAAUAAUUCAUCAUGUAUAGAUAAUACAACAAAUAAUAAUGCUAUUAAUAAUUUAUCAUUAAAUAAUAUGAACCCCAGUAUGAAUAUACCUUGUUCUAGUACUAGUAACACUAACGAUUUAAAAAAUAAAUCCCAAUUAAAUAAAAACAUCAACGAUUUACAAUUACAAACACCUAUACAAUCAAUGAAACAAUCCCAAAGUGCUCACACUAAAAGUAACAAUAACAACAGUAAUACGACUACCUCCACUGCUUCGAAUAAUAUGAGCAGUCAACAUCCCCACAAUAGUAAACAUUCAACUCAUCAUCAUCAAAAUUUAAUCAUCAAUAAUAGUGGAAAUAAUAAUAGCAAUGCUAAUAACAGCUCUAUAAAUCAAUAUUCUCAAAAUCAAUUGAAUCAAAACAAUUCACAAAAUACAGCUUCAUCUACUUCUUCCUCUUUAACCGGAAAAAUGGAAACAAAUAAUUUAAACAAUAACGCAUCACAAAAUAAUCAAAAUAAUUACCUAAAUAAACAAUUAUAUCAUAAUAAUAAUAACUACUAUAACAUAAACUCAAAUAGCUAUAACAUACCCCCUGGAUUUAAUAUGCCACAAGAUAAAGAACAAAAUGCCAAUUAUCUUAACAAUAAUGUUACUACUACCAAUGCUAAUACAAAUGUAGCAGCUUACAGAAAUAGCUGGAGUAGUAUUAAUGAAAAAAAUCUUAACCAUUACAGCAUGAAUUAUAACUACAACCGGGGAAGCAAAAACAGCUUCAACUAUACUAGCAACUUGAAUUACAAUAACAGUAAUGGAUAUAAUGGAACUCGAGAUAAUACAAACACAUUUUUUAAUUACAAUAAUUUUAGUUAUGCUUUGCAAACCCCACCAGGUUUACAAAACUAUUAUCAAAACACUCAAUAUCAACAACAAAACAAUUACAACAGAAAUUACAAUUAUUCCGGAUAUAAUAACAAUUUAUCUAUGUGGAAUAGAGAAGAUUGA